GCUCGCUCAUGCAGAGGUGGACUUCAGCGAAUUGGAAAAAGUUUGACAAAAAGUUUUGAAUACACAAUACUUUUAAUUUUAGGGAUUAUGUACCGUUACUUCAAGUGAAAAGACAGGGAAGGGAUUUAAAACUACGUGUACCUCCUGACCGCUGUUUUCUUUAUCAGAUAUUUUAAUUGAAAUACAAACAUUUUCCUCGCUCGUGCUCCCUUCGGCUCCCUCUCAUGUGGAACUUUCCGCGCGCCGUCCGUGCCUCCGCGCUGCCUCUCAUUCAUCCUACAGAGGAGAGGAGCCCGCGUCCGAGGAUACAAUGAAGCAGUGUGUCCAUGUCCGAGACAAUGCAGCAAGAUGCAACGAAGGGACCAUACCGUUUCUCACAAGAACAGGAACAUUUUGUUCGAUGGCAGAGGCGGACCAGCUAAAGAAUGAAGCUUUAUCCUCUGCCUGACAAGCUAUGACCAACACACAGACUAGACUCUAAAUGUCCAGUGACAAAGCCAGGGCUCAAGAAUGAAGACCAAAUAUGCAAUUGUCUUCAUCUGCAUCGUGGCUCUGGUCAUCAUCGAGAAGGAAAGCAACAUCCUAUCAAGGGUCUCUGAUAAGCUGAUCCAGAGGCAGACUCCUCUACAGACCCCACCGACCCCACUGGAUUAUAGCAACACAACCCAAAAUGGCUCCCUGACGAUGCUCAAAAUGCUGCUCUCUAAACUCACGGGUACUCAAAGGAAUUACUCAAGUCUCUCUGAAGAAGAAGAGGAGGAAGAGCUAGAUGAUUUAAACUCAUAUAGCUUCAGCGGUGGCCGUAAGCACGUAUUACUCCUGGCCACCACACGAACAGGCUCCUCGUUUGUGGGGGAAUUUUUCAACCAGCAAGGAGAGAACAUGUUUUACCUGUUUGAGCCUUUGUGGCAUGUCGAGCGCAUGCUGACCAUGGCUGGGGAGGCAAACAACGGGACAGUGUUGGCAGGGAUUUACCGGGAUGUGCUCCAGGCGCUUUUCCUGUGUGAUUUCUCCCCUCUGGAGAAGUUUAUCUCUCCUCCACCUCAGGACCAUGUCACUCCGGCUCUUUUCCGCAGAGAAUCUAGCAUAUCGCUCUGUGAAGAAUCUGUCUGCAGUCCUGUACUCAAAGAUGUUUUUGAGAGGUAUCACUGUAAGACUCGCCGCUGUGGGCCCCUGAACCUGACCCUUGCAUCAGAGUCCUGCCUUUCCAAGCAACACCGUGCCAUUAAGACUGUCCGCGUGCGACAGCUGGACACAUUACAGCCUUUAGUAGAGGAUCCUCGCCUGGAUAUCAGAGUGAUCCAGCUCGUCCGAGAUCCACGGGCCAUCUUGGCGUCCCGCAUGGUGGCCUUCUCUUCCAAAUACCAGACGUGGAAGACCUGGGCGCAGGACGGCCAGGUGCCAGAGGAUGACGAGGAAGUGAAGAGGCUGAAAGGAAACUGCGACCACGUUAGGAUCUCUGCAGAGGUGGGACUGAGCCGACCUCGCUGGCUGAGGAGACGAUACAUGUUGGUACGUUAUGAGGAUAUUGCUCGCUAUCCCAUGCAGAAGGCAGAGGAGAUGUACAAGUUCACGGGGAUACCUUUUAGUCCGCAAGCUAGGGAGUGGAUUCUGAGGAACACCCAGACCACACAGGAAGCAAGAGGGAUUUACUCCACGCAGAAGAACUCCUCAGAGCAGGCAGAGAAAUGGAGAUUUAGCAUUCCUUUUACACUGGCACAGGUGGUGCAGAGGGUGUGUGGACCCACCAUGAAGCUGUUUGGGUACAGAUUUGUAGAGGAUGAAAAGACACUGACCAACAAGUCCAUCAGUUUGCUUGAAGAGAAACUUUUCCAUUAAUCAAGAAUUGAACUGUGAGUCUGUAAAACACUGCACAUGACAGGAGUCAAGAAGCCAUUAUUGCACGGACCAAAACAUGCAGAGUUGCCAUAAAAGAAAUUGCCAUUUAAAAUGUCCAUAUUCACCAAUGAUGUGCCUCAUUGUGAAAUGAAGAGCAACCUUUUAAUGUAUUUAUUGCAGACUGUGUUCACAGAGAAGCCUGGUACUUCAGCUUUAUGUCAUGCUCUGUAUUUUAUAUUUAAAAUGAAAUAAGCAGAUAAUGUCAAGCUUGACUUGUGAGAGAUGAUUAUCUAAAGCUGUUUUCACACAUUCACUUCUGAAAACUUCAGACAGCCUGCCUGUGAAAUCUUCCUGAGUUGACUAUUUAUACAUUGCUCUCAGCAGACAGGGAGGGCGCAGUCUAAGGAUGCAAGCUGUGACUUAAUAGGGAUGCAACACAAUGACAGAAAAGCAGCUGAGUCCAAGACUUUCAGUAUAUUUAAAUAUGUGAAUGCUGCAUUUAAUUGUAUUCAUGGUAUUAAUAAAAAAAAGUGAAAAAAAGAACACAACACAAAAUGAAGCAGCUUCAUUACAUGAAGAUGGCAGUGGUCUUGUGAUAGCAACAACCCUGCCUCUUCCCACUCUCUUGCAACUAAUUUACACAAAUAUUUCCAGCUGUGUUGAUACAUCAGUUAAACCCAACAUUGGGGUAAAAAAGUUUGUGUUCACACAUGCAGCUCAAUUUAAAUUUUCACAGAUUUUUAGGGGAAAUUUCCAUUUGUGUGAAAAUGGCUUUAGAUUGCAUUCAGUGGAUCAUAUUAUGAUUCAGGGAAAAGUACAGUGUUGAAGUUGUCUGUUUUGUUUGUGUGUGAGGGAAAGAAUGUUUCUGUUCAUACCAUUUAUGAUGCAAGCGCUUAAUACUAGUUGUAAAGCAGGCUUUAGAUCUGCAUUAGACUGAUGGAAUCACUUUAGAUUCACUUGAACCGUCGUGCUCUUAUUGGCUUUACAAAUCCAACUCAGGUGACAUGAAUGUAACAUUUUAUUUUAUGCCGUCCUCAUGAAGAGUAUGCAGUCCUUCCCAAAAGAGUGUCAGAGGUAUUUUAUUUGACAAAAUAAUCUCUAAUGAACUCAAUCAAAUCUCAUUUAGAACAUGUAUCUAGUACUUUUAUUGCUAAGUUGGAACAGUGCAAGAUAAAAAAUGACUAAUCAAGGUUGGCUACCCACGAGACAACUUUAAAAUGGAGAUCCUUCUGAAGUAAGGAUAGUUUGAACAGAUUUUUGCAUUAGAAUUCUCUGAAUGGACACACACUAGAGGAAUCAGCAAGUCCAUGAGACCACACCUGCAGUUUAGAAUAAUGACUUCACAGAUGAAAUUCCACAGACAUGAGAUCCCCAGAACUUCACAUGAUCAAACGUGACUUUAGAAGAUAAACGUAUUUAGAGCAACCAACGUUUUAUCCCGCUGUCUUGGCAUGCGUUCUGUUUUGGAAAAAAAAGAAAAGUAAAAUCCUGAUGAGAAGAAGACAUCGCUUUGUUUAUAUUUGCUGACAUGUUUGCGAGAUGUAAAAUAUGCAACAUGUUGAUGCUACCAAAUAUGCUUGCUCUCAUUGGCUGCUGGGGAGUCAGCAUGACCUGGCAUCGAGAGUAUCAAACAUGCUUGAUAUUUAUGAUCCAGAUUAGAGAGGCAACCAUCUUGGUAGUCUGCUCAAAUGAUGCCUGGUCUCUUUCUGGGUGAAAACUUGGGUCUUUAGCAAUUUUAAAGCUUAACAUACAUAACCAUACAGUUUAAUUGUUAUUGAGAACCUGAAUCCAACAGUAGGACUUUACCUUUGUCACAGAGUGAUUGCUGGCUUAACCCAUUAAGACCUGAAGCUAAAUGCUUUGCAAGGUUAAUAAACCUUAGGAUUAUAUGAAAAACUGCACAUUUACAACAUUAACAAAUAUCAAAACAUAAGGGAGCUUAGACCCUUGAUUUUAGCUGUUAAUAACUUUCUUUCUAAUGUUUAACAUUUUUUAAAUAAUCAAACCAAAGCCAUCAGCAUCCUCCUCUUCAACCAUGACCCUAACCCACUGAGCCUUGGAUUGCGGAGUACUUAUAUUUAAAAACUCGUCAUUCUUCAACUUUUCUGCGUGGCUAAAGAGGCUAAAAUCGGAUAUUUUAAUCCCAUCUGCCUCACAGUAGGCAUUUUCCAAAACAUCAUCCAAAAUGCACUGACAUCAUAUCAGGUCCUCAAGGUAGAAGGACACAAAUGUUAUAUAUUCAGAGGUGUAAAAUAACGUAUUACAUUUACUCAUAUUACUGUAAGUGAGUAGUUCAUUUGGGUACUUGUACUUUUUUGAGUACAUUUUGAAGUCAGUACCUUUACUUCCACUGAAGUUUUAACCAGAGUAACUGUACUUGUACUUGAGUAUAAUACUCUUGUACUAUGUCCCCCUCUGUUGACUACACAGUAGCACAUAGUGAGAGAAUGAUCCCACAUCACAUCCCAAAGCAGCCAUUCUAUUUCACUUUAUUAUAAAGGUGGGGCUUUAUCUGAACACCCUGGUUGAUGAUCCAUAUUCUCUUGUUAUUUUACUUGAGUGCAGUAGUCCUGUACUUUUUCCACCUCUGGUUAAAUCAGGUCUAAAUGGGUUAAAGUCAGUAGGAACACAACACUAGUCCCACUUUUGACCACCUUACUUCUCCCUAGUUUCUGCCCAACCCCAAAAAGUUCUUCUUUAAGAUUUCUUUUACUUAAUGGCUUUUUUUAGUUACUUGAAGCACAGAAUGCAACACAAAUAGUGUUUAAUUGUGUCGCCAAAAUCGCCAUUCACUCUUGGGGCUUGUUCUCACCAGAACAGGACCGUGGUCACCCUGAAGAGCUGGGAUUGACGUUGGGUUGCUCCACACUUGAGGAUUAUUUGGCCAAGCCUCAAAUCGGGUCACUGCCCUCUAAUUGUUGUUUGGGGUGAAGGUGGCCUAAAAUCAGGUCUUAAAUCAUCUUGUGUGUAGCCAGCCUUACACAGACAUAAAGUACUCAUACGGUUAUGUUAAAUGAAAAAAUAGAAGAAUUUAUUUAUACUUGAUAUACUAGCAUGUGUCUUAAACAUGAAUAUGUUUUUAAAGAUACAAUAGCCAUAGCUGUAGUGUUUCUCAGUCAUGCUUAUACUGCUUCUCCUGUGGCAGGACACUCUGAAUAGUGCAGUGUUACAUCAGAGCUGAUCUAUUGGUUUUAUACAGGUGUGUUCAUGAACACACAAAUGAAACUAUCCAGAGCAGUCUGAAAAACUUAAUAACUCAGCAAAAUAAAAUACUAAGACCUUCAAAUUUAAACAGAGCUAUAGAUUGUGAGGUUUGUGUAAGUUUAUGAUUUGUGUUUAUUCACUAAUAUAUAAAAUGUCUAUUGAGUUUGUGACUGUAUUAAUGUGGCCUAUCACUUUAAGUGAAACCCAGGUGCUGUUGCAUUAACUGUCUCUCUUGAUGGUAUAUAAAGGUAUCCACUGUGACUCUGCUUCAAUGGCAGCAUUGUGUUCAGCUUGGCUGGGGCACAGCUGAAACUGCCACGCUGCUCAAGGAAAGGGAUAUGCAUUAGAGGUACAUAUAGUAGUGGGUUUGUGCUAACUUGGUAUUUAAAAUAUAAAUAUGAAUACAUUAUAAAUAGCUGGCCUCAAGUUUCUCGAGGACUUCUGAGAAAUUUCAGCAGAACUACUGUGAAAUACCAGGCGCAGCUGAACGAACGGGAGGUUUUAGUUUGGGGUUUUUAACUACUUCAUACACAGAGGAUGGCAAUAAUCAUUGGGGCUGAAGACCAUAAAUCCACCAUAAAGAUUAUUUUUUCACUUUAAGAAUUUGGUGCUUCAUCCAUUAUUAUCAGGUUCUCUAGCUUGAAUGUUGUGUUUCAGUCAAAUGAUAAAGCCUAAAUUUAAAGUAAACAAAUACAUCCCACUUCACUGUGAAAAUGUCUGAGUCAAAACUCUUUCAGUUAUGUGGAAGUCUUUCCUUCCUCUGAAAGCUUUCUGUUAAAAAGCCAUCAUACCUUGACAUCUUUUUCCAAAGCUCUGUCAGUACAGAUUUCUGGAUAGCUGAGAUGUGUCCUAUGCCUAAUUUCUAUUCAGGAUGUAUCAUUCUAUAUGGCUUAAUUUUCCAGGUAAAAAUCUGCAGUAUAUUGCUUGAAUGUCAUAGUGCAAUUCUUCAGCUAGUAUCUUGCCCAUUUUUUUUACUUUAAUCAGGUACAAUCCCUCGGCUCCAGUCAAAGGAAACUCCCCCUUCCCUUCUUUGCUCAGUCUGUUAAUUGUGCUGCAAUAAUUGCAGUGCUUUUAUCACCCUUUUCAAAACCGAUGACAACUGGCCUUCAGUUGCUGAGCACACAGAUGGAGAGUGAAGUGAUAUAUUUUUAGGCUGCAGGUGAUGUUGGAGAAAUUCUUGCAUGCCUACAUACCUGAGGGUUAUCCCAUUGUAAAUGAGAUUAAUCCAAGCUGACUCCACUUGUUCCCUGUGAAGCAGCACUCUAUGAAGCGCAGUGUUUCCAGAGAAAAAAUCGCUGUAAAGACUCAAACAGGGGACAGGUUAUGUAUGUAUGAACUGCUAUCAGAGUUAUGAAACAGUUGUUUUUCCUGUUACGCUCUUGUUGUAUUUACAAAGGAAACCAAGAACCAAAGCACAGAUUCUGCUGUAGCAACUACAAAAAUAUCAAAUGUAUGUAAAUGCCAGAGUUACUUUUAUUAAAUGACAAAAUGUAACUUGUGUUGUAAAAUUGUAUUUGAAUUGAUUUUCAAUGUGUAAAUGCCCUCUCUCAGACAGAAAAUCAUCUUUGACAUGAUUUUCAUGCAAUCUCAUAUGACACAAAAUAAAAUUCCUCAAAUAUUUCCUGCAUUAUGAAAACAACAUCAGCUGUCCAGCAGAGAAACUAGAUGCUUCCAGGGAAUUAGCAUCAGGAGAGCCGCAUACAUUAACCACAUCCAUUUUUGAGAGGGGCGGAG